CUAUAGGAACCAAAUCGAAUCCAAUCUCUAUUCUUGUCUACUUCCAACGCAUUUUCUUUCUCUUUCCCCUCCAAUAGUACAGGUCCCCCCAAUCUAAUUUCUGCGCAUUUUCCUUCGCUCUGUUGUUUUUGCUUUGGAUGUGUCGAGAAAUGACCGAAUCUGCCAUUUUCUUUGAACAGAUCAGCACCUUGUGUAAUUUCUAAGCAAGUUCUUUACUCUUCUUUUCCUCGAGGAAACAACGAGGAGAGUACUGAAUCUGCCUGUGCUAUGAUCUAUUUAAUUAACUGCAAUUCCCACAUAAACUGCAAUUCCCACCAUAAAUCGCAUUCAUUCUGCUCUUUCUUUGUAAGUUUGAACGAGUUGUUGGCGUUUGAAUUGUAGUCGAUGGCAUCUUCUUCUUCAUCUCAUCAGCAAAAUCAAGAAUUUAAUGCUUUCUCUGGAAUAGAUCCUGCCGGCAAAAGAAGGAAAGUUUGUGAAUCUUCAAAAUUGUAUGACGUGUUCAUCAACCACAGAGGCCCCGAUGUCAAAGCAACUUUGGCUACUGAUCUUUACAAAUCUCUUCAGCAGUUGGAAAUAGAGGCGUUUCUUGAUUCCGAAGAAAAAGAGCUCGGAAUCUCAUUUCCUUCUAUUAUUGAGACUGCCAUCCGUUCUGCGAAGGUACACAUAGCCAUCUUUUCCGAAAGCUAUGCAGAGUCACCUUGGUGUCUAGCUGAGCUAGCUCUCAUGUUAGAAAGUAACGCCAAAAUUAUCCCUAUUUUUUAUCAAGUGAAGCCUUCUGAGCUCCGCCACAUAGAAACGGGAGUAUACGCUAAGGCAUUCAGUAAAUAUGAAGAGAAGGGCAGAUACCUGGAGAAGCUUCACGCGUGGAAGGAAGCCCUUCACUCUCUUUCAUUUACAGCUGGGGAAGAAUUUAACAGUUCCGGUGACUGGGAUUGCCAAAAAAUAGUAGCAGCUGUGCAAAAAGAAGUACAAAGGAAAAUAUGUUUACAUGUUGCUGAUUAUCGAGUAGGGCUCAAUAAUCUUGUGAAAGAUUUUGAAAAGCGAUGCCUUGAUGAACUUGUACGAGAUUUUGAAAGCCAGUGCAGACAGGAAGAAGGGAAGCAUAAGGCUCAGAUAGUGGGUAUUUUUGGCAUGGGGGGAGUGGGGAAAACAACUCUGGCCAUAGAGUUGUUUAAUCGAAAGAGUUUGAAUUACACUAAAGCAAGUUUUUUAUUUGAUGUGCGAGAAAAGUCUGAUACAAGCCAAUUACCUUCCUUGCAAGGUAAGCUUUUUAAAGAUCUAUUUGGCAAAGAAAUGAGUUUUACAAGUACAGCGGAAGGAGCAGCCUAUCUCAAAGAUCGUCUGGAAAGGAGCCCCUUCUUAAGCUUCUUAAUUGUUGUAGAUGACAUCAAUCAUGUGGAACAGUUAAAUGCUUUAGCAGUCAUGGAUAUCUUAAAAUAUUCUUGUAAUAGUCUGGUUAUUGUCACAACCCGUGACGCUGGUCUGCUUAUAACCGCAGGGAUUACUGAUGGUUAUAAUUUAAAAGGAAUGGAUAGAAAAAAUGCGAGAGAACUUUUCUGUUGGCAUGCCUUCCGCCAAGACCAUCCAUGUAGCGGGUAUGAGGUACUGGUUGAGGACUUCGUAGAUGUCUGUGGAGGGUUACCUUUGUCGCUUCAGGUUCUGGGCAGACAUGUUCAUGGUAGACAUUGCAGUUAUUGGAGUUUAGAGUUGAUUAAAGUUAGGAUGACGCUGCCAGGGGAUGUAAAGAAACGACUUUUAAUAAGUUUUGAGGCAUUGGACGGUGAAGAAAAACAGGUUUUCAUGGAUACUGCUUGUUUUUUUGUGGGCAAACCAAAGAAUAUAGCAGAAAGAGUAUGGGAGGGGUCAGGAUGGAACGCACAACAUGCCCUGGAAACGCUCAAAGACAGGUGUCUUGUAGAAGAAAUUGAAAAUUGGAGUUUGAAUAUACAAGGAGAAACAGUAUUGAGAAUGCACGACCACUUACGGGACUUGGGAAGAGAAAUGGCAGUUGCACUCAGCCCUCCUCAUCGCCUGUGGCGUCCUCAAGAUCUGAAAUCUUUGAAAUUAUUGGGUUUCAAAACUAUCCUCACCAAAACCAAUGUCAGAUGUUUCAGUUCCUUUUUUGACGAGUCCAUGGGUUCUAAAGUUACAUUCUUUAUAGGCCAGUCAGAUAGUUGUCUUGAGACGUCAGCUUCUUUACUAUGGCUCCAGCUUGAGGGCUAUUCCAGAGAACAUCCAAGCAUUCCGUCAUGGAUUCCACUUCACAAUUUGCAUUGUUUGAAAAUCCGCUUGGGACAGCUCAAAACAUUGUGGGAGAAUAGAAUACAGGCACCGUCCCAGUUGAGAGAGCUCAGAAUUACUGAAACCUCUUUAAAAGAGUUCCCAGAUUUUCUAGGAAUAUCAGAUAAGUUAGAGAAUGUGUUCUUGGAUGCCCGACGACUGCCAAUCCAAGGUUUGUCUUUGCUGGAAUCUCUCAGUAUGAAAUUUUCUAGUUUAUGUCUGAGGUUUUCCACAUUAAGAGGGGAGCAGGCUUCCACUAAAAGAGGAGAGAGGACUCUACGCGAAUCUUUGGUUAUCUUGAAUUUCAAAUUUAAUGGGGAACUGCAUUGGACUAGUGGGAAGGCCCCAAUGAGUGGCCUUGAAAAGAUAGAGAUUAGCACUGAAAAAUUUGUAUCGAAAAUCUUAAUUAGUGGGGUUCACUAUCCAAGCCUUGAGUCUAUCAAACUUCACCAGAUGGAAAAUCUUAUGGAAGUGGAUUUGACAGGGGUAAAUACAUUACAUUUUCUUGAUAUUAGAAAUUGUUCAAAACUCAAAAGAUUGUCAGCAACAUCCGAUCUUCUAAAUCUUAGGAAUACGACAAGUGCAUCAGGAAUUCCAGAUCUUAGGAAUCUUGCAGGUUCCAAGAUUAAAAAUUGUACGGGUCUGGUAGAAGUUGAUCAUUUCAAUAGUGUAUCAGGAAUGUCUGGUUUUUGGAUGCUGGCACAAUUGAAUAUUAGUGAAUGCCAAGAGCUUGAAGAGCUAAGGCUUGGACAUCUGAACUGCCUGGAAAAAAUCACUAUUGGAAACUGUAUUCAUUUGAAGUCCUUGUGCUUCACUGGUAUGAAGUGUCUGGAGAGCAUAACAUUUCAGACAAAUGUGAUGGUGAAAUAUUUUGAGUUGGAUGAUUCUCAAAAUUUGAAAACAAUGCAGUUUGGUUGUGAAGAGCUUGUAGAAUUAAGUAUUCGGGGCUGUCCCGAGCUUGAGGAGUUGCCAGAUUUUGAAGAUCUAAAUCUAAAUUGCCUCGAGAGGAUUGUGAUUGAUGGAUGUGGGAAGGUAAAAUAUCUUCAGUUAUAUCGUUGUCGAGUUUUGAAAAGUGUGUCCAGUAACUCUAUUAGAUGGUUGCAUAUUACUAAUUGUACUGAGCUCGAGGAGUUGCCAGAUCUUUCCAGAAUGAGCUACUUGGAGAAAAUUGAGAUCUCUUGGUGUGAGAAGAUACAGAACAUCAGGCUGCCAUCAACACUCAUCCGCCUGUGUGUAGAAUGUUGCGGAGAUUUGCAAACAGUGGCAGGAACCGGUGAUAUUCUGGAGCUUAGUGAGUUGACUAUUAGUGACUGUCCUGCGCUUGAGGAGUUGCCAUGUCUUUACAGAGUGAACGAAAUGGAGAAAAUUGAGAUCUCUUGGUGUGAGAAGAUACAGAACAUCAGGCUGCCAUCAACACUCAUCAGCCUGUGGGUAGAUUGUUGCGGAGAUUUGCAAAGAGUAGCAGGAACCGCUGAUCUUCUGGGGCUUAGAGAGUUGACUAUUAGUGAUUGUCCUGUACUUGAGGAGUUGCCAUGUCUUUAUAGAGUGAACGACACGAAGAAAAUUGAGAUUUCUCGGUGCAAGAAGAUACAGAACAUUAGGCUGCCAUCAACACUCGCACGUCUGUUUAUAGAAAGUUGCAGAGAUUUGCAAAGAGUAGCAGGUACCGGUGAUCUUCUGGGGCUUAGGCAGUUGACUAUUAGAGAGUGUCCCGAGCUGGAGGAGUUGCCAAGUCUUUGCAGGUUCAGCUUGAUGAAGGAAAUUGUCAUCGACUCUUGUGAGAAGCUGCAGAACAUAGCAGGUAUUGAAGAGUUGCAAGUACAAAAAUACUUGAGUCUUGUUUAUUGCAGCAAUGCACUAAUACGGAAUUCCAUUCACAAGCUCAAGAGUGAACCAUCACGGGGAAUGCUUAUGAUUGGAAGAGCAGUGGAUGGAGCAGAGUCAUGUUUAAACGAAAAUCUGUUUGCUGACGCUAAUAUUGGCGUCUGUAGAGAAAUUUAUUCCAAGUCGUCAGAAGUGAGUGUAAUUUUUUUAUGCCUUGUGGUUGCAGUUGACAGCAAUAAUCCGGCAUGGGACAAAUCACUUAUAUCCUAUUUUGCCCUCUGCCUUCUUCCUAAAUAUAAUUAUCGGCUUGAAUUGCGUGAAGGAGAAUGGGUAAUUACAAUGGUACGCCCAAUGGUAGCGCCUGAUGAUUGGUUCCGUCUACAUUUUGAUGAUUGGAGGAGUAGGGGAAUGCUGAAGAAGGGGAUUUGGGUAGAGGUGAAGAAAGAUGAAAUGUGGAAAAGUGUGCAAAUGCUUUCUACAAUUGUUGAUAAGUUAUAUCAUUCAUGA